AUGGCGCCUAAUCACGAUAUCGCUACUCAAGCUUUAGUUGUUGCCCUUAAAUCGCCGUCUGUGGGCAAAACUACCCAACAGGUCGUUGAGGUCCAACAAUCUCUCACCCAGAAGGCACGCCUUGACCGAUAUGGCCGUGAGAAGACAUGUGCUGUCCUUGCUGGCGAGCUUAGCCAGGAGGUUAUUAGGCUUGAAGGUGGUAAUGAGUACAAAGAGGGAGGAGAUUACACCCAGAGGAGGCAUUUGCUUUUCCCAACAGGUACCAAAAUUGGUGCUACAGAAGUAUCGCAAUCAGCCAAGCCUAAUUGCGGCGCAGCACACAAGACGCAGUCACAGCAGGCACAAAGCUCUGCGCCAUCUGUGUUGACCGCCUUUUGCAGAGGGAACUUGCAACGCACUCUUAAGCCGAGCCUCGUCAACACAAUGCACGAACUUUACCGUUCUUUCCGUUAUAGCCUUCUCUUUACCGUCGCAGUGUUCCAUGUCGGGCAGGCUGCCAACUUUAAAACUUGUAUCGAGUAUUUGAAUGGAAGAAAAAAUGAUUGCAGUGGUCCCGACUUAAUCUGCCCUCAGGAUAAGAGCGCGAAUAUUAAGUUCACUUACCCGGGAUGCUUGAGUCAUUGUGGGUCAGGCUUCGAGCUUGACGGGAUCGAUGACAUCAUCGGGAGGUUUUUUCUAUGGCUAGUACCAGCUCUGAUUUUGGGAGCCCAUUUCCAUUUUCCUCCGCUUAGCACGAGGAAUACAUUAGCCGUUUGCGCGAUGCUUCUCGGUAAUCCGAUUGGGAGCUUGUCUUCGAUGCUCACGAGAUUGGAGAAGUUCCAUCAUGGGUAUCGGCAAGCACGGGAACAUGGAAUUGCUGGGCCAGAAGAUGGAGAUUCUGAGGAUGUUGCAGCUGACGUUGCAGCUGUUUGUGUUGCAUGUGAUGAACUUGGAUUCAAUAAUCCUCUUAGUACCAUUCUCGGCCACAUUACGAACAGAUCAAUUGGAGGCACUGAAACCUUAGUUGGAUCAAGAGAGGGAAAUUUCACCCCGAAUACCGCUGUUUGUAUUCAAGAUACUGGAGCCAGUACGGCUGCUAGUGAGGCUCUGGAACCGAGGUUGAAGAACCAGGAGGGUCCGAUUGGACAAAGAAUGGAAUCGAUAGAAGAGAGUGCAGCACCGCGCAAUGAGAUGGAGAACGGGAAUGCCGAAUGGAGAACCAGUAACUCGACUCCUGGGAAUAAGGGGCUCGACCUAGAUGAGGUACUUUUCUUCGCAGAGGCCCGGCACGAUCUCAUUUCACACCGAAGAGAAUCCCAAAUCGGAACAACCUUCGCUAUCAUCGGUCUUAUUUGCGCCCUCGCUGGUGCAUUCGUAAGGGUUUGGCAAAACCGUGGCAACCCUUGGUCCUCACGGACUAUUCCCAUGGUCAUAAUGACUUUCCACUUUAUUGCGAUGAUUCAGACCAGCGCCGUAAUUGGAUCAUUUACUUCUCCUUUCGGACCUCUUCUAGUCCUUCAAUUGCUCCAACGCCGAAUCAGAGAUCGAGAUUUACAAGUAGGACGACCAUCGAGGCAAAGCCUCCUCUUCCCUAUAGAUCUUGAUCCGGACACCAUCUGGAAGGGAAGGGCAAAUCUUCCAGAUAGCCGGUCCAACUGUAUACCGGACGUUGAGCUUCAGGAGUGGCUUCCUGCGCCAAAUCUGGGUGAAACGAAUAAGCCGCUUAUUGAUAAAACUUGUGAGAAUGGUUCGGAGCUGCCUUCAUGCCUGGAACUGCCGAAAGAAUGGCCGAAAACUGCUAGAUAUCUUGGGUUGAAUUCGACAUUCAGACCUCUCGAACGACUAAACGCAAGCGAAAACAAACACAAAUCUUCCUGGAGAGAAUUCUUAUACGCAUUCGGCUUUGUCACACUGGCAUGGUUUACGGCCUUCGCCCAUUCCUACUUCGCUGUUGGCCAUUUCGGAUUUGGGUGUCGAAGUCUAAUCUGGACUCUAAUCUACCUUAGCUGGAUACUUAGCUUCUCUGCUAGCUAUGCCCUACAAUCCCCACUAGUCGAGAAAUGGCUGGGAAUAUCGUCAUAUGAGAGUCUUUGGCGUUGUACUGUGGCCAAGGAUACCUUCGUGUCUGCUCUCAUAGUUGGCGCCAUUACGGUUACGCAUAUUGGUCUGACAAGUACUUGUUUCUGUAAGAGUGGAGACAUUAGGCCGCCAGUAUGGCAGCAUCCGAUCGAUCUUUUGCCACUAACCGGCAAACAAGAGAAGCUCCGCUGGGUACAGAUAACAGUGAGUGCUAUUGGUGGCCUCAUUUUUAUUUCUGUCCCCAAGAAAACAAGAGCGAAAGAAUAUGCAUUUGCGACUGGCUCGUCUUAG